AGGAAGAUCAAGCUUCCAGAUCUCAACGACCCUUCUUCGUUCAAACGGCGGGUGAAGAAGCCCAAGCUGGCAUCGAAAGCCGACUCGGCGGUUGCGAGCAGCGUGACGGUCGACGAGAAGGGCAGGAAGCAGGAAGUUGAGAAGGCCCAGGCAGGGUUGACAAAGAAACCCGCAGAAGUAUCACCACUACCACCACCAUCAUCCUCCAAACCGCCUCACCUACGACGAAACGCCGCCGGCGUCCAGCUCCUCUCACCCCACCUCCAAUCCCAGAUAUUUCCCGGCGAACCCCCUCCCGGCCCUCCGCAGUCCGUGAUCGACAUCUCCCUGAAACACUUGGCGGACAACGAGCUCUACCCGGAAGGUGCGGCCGUACUCCCCGAGAUCGACUUUGACCUACCCCCGCUCCAGGGAAAUAACAUCCGGGAUCACUUUUACAAGUUGGGGGAAGAGGCCGCUCAGCCUUACCUUGGGUUGGCUAGGGAGUUUGCAGAGAAUCCGAUCCCGGACAUGCCGACCACGUGGAAUGCGGAUGGACCAGGAUGGAUACGGUAUAAUCUCGAUGGGAGUAUCACCCCCGUUGAGGAUCUAGGAGGGGAGGAGAUGAUCUGUUUCGACGUCGAGGUGCUCUAUAAGAUCUCGCCUUUCCCCGUCAUGGCUACCGCGGCGACCCCGAGGCACUGGUAUUCCUGGUUGAGCCCGUCCAUCUUUGAAGCGGAUCGUUCUGCCGAGGAACCUACAUCAGCCGAAAUAGGGUCACCGCAGCAAGAGCCACGUAAGGACAUCCCCAGAGACUUGAUCCCGUUCACCAAGAGUCAGAGUUCCCAACCCGCCCUGAUCGUCGGGCACAACGUCGGGUUCGACCGAGCUAGGGUCAAGGACGAGUAUCAUGUCGAGCUCACCAACAACCGAUGGCUGGACACGUUGAGCUUGCACGUGGCCACGAAGGGGAUCACGUCGACUCAACGACCGGUCUGGAUGAAGAGGAAGAAAGAGUUGAAGCAGGAAAAGGAGAUCGGAGAGGAGACGGAGCAUCUGAUCAGGGAGAGUGGGGAUUCACCUUCGGCCGUGAUCGAUGCCGAACCCGAGGUGGCCGAGCAGAAACGUUGGGAAGACGUCACCUCGUCUAAUUCCCUGGCCGAGGUCUAUAGGUUGCAUUAUGGUGGCAAGAUGGACAAGACGGUCCGAUCCCGGUUCGGCGACGAAUCGAUCAGAUCCGCCAGUCAGUUGAGACCGGAAUUACAAACCUUGCUAGAGUACUGCGCGGAAGACGUCCGGGUCACACAUGCCGUACUGCAAAAGACACUGCCUCUUUUUCUCGCCUCCUGCCCUCAUCCGGCUUCGUUUGCCGGAGCGCUGGGGAUGGGGAACCCGUUCUUGCCCAUCAACAAGGCUUGGAAAGAGUACAUUGAGAGGGCAGAGAUGAAAUACAGGCAGCUCGAAGGUGGGAUCAAGGGGAUCUUGUGGGAGCUGGCGUACAGAUUGAAGGAACGGGGUCAUGUACCCGGGGAUCCCUGGAGUGAACAGUUGGAUUGGACAUUAAAGGCCCCUCGGUGGAACGAUGAUGAGGUCAGAGGCAAAUCCGAGUCGCUUGUCGAGAACGAGAUUGCGUCAGAUGACGAGUCUUUCCGGUUCCUCCCUGGACACGAACGUAUACCUCGGUGGCUCAAAGAAUCGGAGACUAUGCUCAAGGUCCUGCCUACCAACGCCCUUUGGGAUCCCCUACCGCUGAUUACGCGAGUCAGGUUUCAUGGAUUCCCGGUGAUCGAAUCGGCUGAACAUCGUUGGGUGGUUCAAGUGCCCAAGACCGAAUCUCACAAUCUCGCCGAGCACAAAUUAGAGGGGCCGCUCACGCUCUCUCGGCCGAAGGAAGACAAGAUCCUGGUUGAGCAAUCGGAAGAUUACGACUUUUUCAAGCUGGGGCCUUCCGGGUCUCCUCGCGUGAGCUCUGUCUACUCAAAACGGAUAAAGAAGCUUUGGACAUCGGGCGUCCUGGCGUCGGCGCAUCCGGAGCUGACAAGUGAGUUGAGUAGAUCUGUCGAUCGGAUACAUCUCCAAGCCGAGAUCCAAAAAGCUGUCGAGGACUUCGUGGAGACCGGCAGAGAUACCACUUGGGCUCGGAGCUUGGCGUGGGAUCUGGUCGAUCGUCCUGCUCGUACGGCCUUGGCCAUAUCCCCGUCGGGAUCCAGGCCUUCACCGCCAAGUCCCAAACCUGCUCGUCCCAACAAGUCCACAUCCACAAAGAAGAUGAUAGACCAAUCGACCAUGUGGCCAAAGUGGUUCCAUGAUUUGGCGCCGCUUCCAAGCAAAGGGUUGCCUGUCGGCGAACUCGACUUGACCGUCAAGAAGAGGGUCGUUCCUACGCUCUUGCGGUUAUCCUGGAAGGGUUUCCCGCUAUAUCACGCACCCAGCACCGGAUGGGUGUUUCGCGUCCCUAAAUCUGAAGUCGAGAAGAACCGCCAUUUGAUAAAGACAGAGGUUACUGAUCCAAAAUUCCAGAACGACCUCGAUGGCGUCUACUGCAAGCUGCCGCACGCCUCGGGCGAUGAGGCCAAUGUUGGCAACCCCUUGUCCAAGAACUUUAUGCGCUACGUCGAAAGCGGGGAUCUGGCCUCUUCCGUCGCGACUCGACCGGGAGACGAUCAGAUCGCCAGUGCCGCUGCCGACGCCGUCAGCAUGAAUGCUCAAUGCAGCUAUUGGAUCAGUGCACGCGAGAGGAUCAUGGCACAAAUGGAUGUGUAUCAUCAAGAUGCCGAAGAUCUGGGCAUGAUCUUGCCUCAAGUGCUCACCAUGGGGACGGUGACUCGAAGAGCCAUGGAGUCGACCUGGUUGACCGCCUCGAACGCCAAGAAGAAUCGAGUUGGAUCGGAAGUCAAAGCGAUGAUUCGGGCUCCACCUGGCUAUGCGAUCGUUGGCGCGGACGUCGAUUCGGAAGAAUUGUGGAUCGCCAGUGUGAUGGGUGACGCUCAAUUCGCGAUGCAUGGUGCUUCCGCCAUCGGAUGGAUGACUCUGGAAGGAACCAAGUCUGCCGGUACAGAUCUGCAUUCAAAGACCGCCAAAAUCCUCAAAACCAAGCGUGACAAUGCGAAAGUCUUCAACUACUCCCGUAUCUACGGUGCAGGGAUGAAGCACGCCGUCCAGCUUCUUCUGCAGAAUGAUCCGACGUUGAACUCGCUACAAGCUGAAGAGCUCGCUCAGGCGUUGUACCAGUCUACAAAGGGCGUGAAGACGUUCGCGCAGAAUGCCUACAACAAAAGAGCCAGGAAACUCACUGGCCCUCGGUCAAUCUGGCAUGGAGGCUCUGAGAGCUAUCUGUUCAAUAUGCUCGAGAGCAUCGCCAGCAGUCCCACUCCUAGGACACCCGCACUCGGCUGCGGUGUAACGGACGCCCUGCGGAAAAAGUACUUGUCAGAAGGCCGUUCGGGUCAAGGGGACUAUUUGCCUUCACGGAUUAACUGGGUAGUACAGUCGUCGGGUGUUGAUUACCUUCACCUGCUCAUCGUAUCGAUGGAUUACUUGAUUCGGAGAUACUCCAUCAACGCUCGUUACAUGAUCUCGGUGCACGAUGAACUCAGGUACAUGGUCAAGGAGGAUGACAAGUACCGCGCGGCGCUCGCUUUGCAAAUCGCCAACAUCUGGACAAGAGCACUGUUCUGCUACAACCUAGGCAUCAACGAUCUGCCGCAAGGAGUCGCCUUCUUUUCACUAGUCGAUAUCGACAACGUUUUCCGCAAAGAGGUCGAUAUGACCUGCGUCACACCUUCUCAGUCCGAGCCUCUUCCGCCGGGCGAGUCGAUAGACAUUAUGAACCUGCUCGACCUAACUAAAGGCAAAUUGGGCAAGGAAAAGGCGAUCAAUCUUGAGCAUCCCGGCGCCCCAAGCGCAGAGCAAACCAACUUCUUUGGCGAUUUGAGCUCGAAAGAUCAUCUGGCAUAUUUGGAAGCCCAGGCUUCUAGGGGCACGAGCGGAGCUCUGGCUUACCUGGCAUCGAAGAACAAUCUGUCCAUCAGGAGGGAUCAUGACCGGGACGAUUGGACAGAGCGUCACCCUGGCGUCGAUUUGAACGCAGUGUAUGCCGAAGUCAAAGCGAAGACGAUACCGAAAGGCAGAAAGCAGCCUGCCAAGCCCUCGGUCACAGACCGUACCAAGCCCGCAACCAAGAAGAAGAAUACAGGAACACUUAAUGACCGACCAAGUACAGCAGAGCAUCGUGGUGCACCGGCUCCCGGCUCAACACAUGAAGAAGAGGAACCGAAGAGAGCGACAGGCUAG